AUGUUCAAUUAUCCGUUUCCGCGACCGACGAUAGAGUAUCCAAACUACAAGUUUGAUAUGAGCAUUAACAUGGUUCUUCACUACAUUUGCCUAGGAAUAAUUUGCCCGUUAACAACUAUUCUAUCAACAUAUAUUGGAUAUCACUCAUUCAAAGUUGCUUAUAUGCUUCAUGUCCGAAAACUCGAGACAACUUUUGCAUGUUUUGCGAUGGGCGAGUUGAUUGGGAUGCAGUACGUUACAGCAAUCUUUGCGGUUUUUUACUGGACGUUUGGAUAUUUUACAAAGGAGGAUGAAGUUGGAACUUCCAAAGUCGUUUGCAUCUUCUAUUUGUACUCUUUCCAAUACAUACCAGGAUUUCUGUUUAAUCUUUCGAACUGUACUGUUGCAAUGAUGUUCCUAAUGUACUUCCGAAAAACUCAUCCGACUCUUCUGGGCAUGAAAUUGAAUAAUUUCAAUUUGAGAACAUGUUAUGUCGUUAUUGUCAACGGAGCACUUCUGGAUGUGCUCUUUAUUUUCUGCAUUUCCUGGAUUGCCAUGGCAAAGUCGGGAGACGAACUGAAAUAUCAGCAUAAAUGUUUUGUGUUGCUGAACCCAAUUUUUCACAAAAUUGUCAACCUGAUGAAAGGAGUAGAGUGGGAAACUCAAAUCUUCAGCCAUACAAUUCCAUACAUUCUGACAAUUCUUUACAUGGUGUUAGCAAUGUAUAAAAUUUUACAACACCACAUGAAUCAGAGGAACGGUGUUGGCCUUCAACUAAAACAGAAAUUGCACUUUGGAGGAUGUGCGCUAACUUUUGGUGUUACCAUAGUUUUCAUGUGUUUUGAUGUGGGUUUCCAACUCUUCUGUGAUGUUUACGAAAUUUCACUGCAUUACACUACAAAGCCAACCGAUCAAGAGAUUUUCUUCUUUUUGAAAAAUGCAAAAACAGUUAUGCGGACGAUAUCCUAUGUGCUUGCUCCAUUCCAACUUCUUUCUCUCUGCACUCUGAAUCCGGACUUCCAGCAUACAAUGAUACGUCAUUUGAAUGGUACCACGCAUUUUGAAGUUUUGGUGCAAACCACACUCGGUGGCGAGAAAAGAACCAAAGUUCUGUAUGAAAAACUUCCGAAAAUAUCCAAGAUGAAGUUUGCGGCACGGUUGUAUUACAGAUGGUGCCGGUGCCACAUCGCCGUUAAACUAUUCAACAAGUUAAUUGAUUGGUGGGAAAACACAAAACGAGGAAUUAGACAAAAUAGGCGUCAUAGAAGGGAGAAUAGAAAAAUUACCAGAGAACGGAGGCUGAAAGCAAAACAGUUAGCUGAAACGACAGCGGCUGGGUCGAAAACUGAAGGCGAAACUGAAAAUCUGGUUAAGAAAGAUACCAGAAUAGAGAUGGACCAUAUUGUCAAAACUGAACGAUUCAGCGUGUCCUCGAACAAUUCUUGGGAACUCCGUGAAACUACUGUAUAA